UUGAAACCUAUUCCUAAUAUAUAUUGCUGAUUUCUGCUCUGAUAUUCUGACAUCUCUGCUAGUUCAAUAUUCUAAUGACGAAACAGAGCAGACCUUGGCAGAAGCGGUGAUGUGUUAAAUGACCUAAUUUUAACGACUCAGAUGAUUCCUAACCGUGACUCACUUCUGAUUUUUUUUAUGGAGCAUGAGCUAAAAAAAAGAAGAAAAAAAAAAAGGUUUUCAGGAAAUGUCAGCAGACGUAGAGAGUAAGCGGGGAGUUAUAAAAAGGGGCAGCAAUUGAAUAAAAAAAGAAUCCCUUCUCUGUCUCUGUAGGGCUUGGUAAUUUUGGUAACCCAUGUGGGCGGGGAUUUGAAUGGGCUACAGGCAUAUUAGCUUGUCAGUUUUCAGUUGCUCAGACUUGCAAAAGGGUUUUCCUUAACCUGCAAGUUGUCUGUUCCUUUUAUACAUGCUUCAUUAAAUUCUGUUGUGCAUAUAAAAAAAAAAUAUCCCUAAAAACCCUAAAGACCAGAGAUACCCUUACAACGCUACGCCAAAGGAAAAAAAAAAUCUUCUGGAAUUUACAAGAUACUAAGGUGGAAUUUUGAGAAACUGCUCAAGUGCAUUUAAGAAGUCUUGAAAUAUGAUCACUUUAGGGCUACUAUGGAUAUGUACAUUAAUUGCGAACUCCUUGACUCAUCCUGCAGCAAUAACCCCACAAGACCCAACCCUAAUGAUAGGAUCUUCACUAACCGCAUCUUGCUCAUUGGAUACUGACUUAAACCUGAAAGUAGAGGACCUGUACUGGACCCUUAAUGGGAAGAGGCUCCCAGCAGAGCUGUAUAAGAUACUCAACGGCACAGCUAUGAGCGUGGCUUUGAAUAAUCUGAAUGGAUCCAAGCAGCAGUCAGGAGAUAACCUGGUGUGUCACGGCAAAGACGGGAGAAUCCUGGCGGGCUCAUGUCUUUAUGUUGGAUUGCCACCUGAAAAACCGACCAAUAUUACAUGUUGGUCAAAGAAUAUGAAAGAUCUGACAUGCAAAUGGGCUCCAGGGAGUGAAGGAGAAACCUAUCUGCAUACAAACUACACUCUAAAAUACAAACUAAGGUGGUACGGCAGAGAUAAUACAUGCCAAGAAUAUCACACCAUGGGGCCUUAUUCCUGUCAUAUCCCAAAGGACCUUGCUCUCUUUACCCCCUAUGAGAUUUGGGUGGAGGCAUCAAACAGACUGGGCUUUGUCGCCUCUGACAUAAUAACAUUGGACAUUCUUGAUGUGGUGACCACAGAUCCACCAUCAGAUGUCCACGUAAGUCGUGUUGGAGACUUAGAGGACCAGCUAAGUGUACGCUGGAGCUCCCCUCCUGCUUUGAGGGACUUUCUGUUUCAAGCCAAAUACCAGAUCAGAUAUCGAGUUGAAGACAGUAUGGAAUGGAAGGUGGUUGAUGAUGUAGGCAAUCAGACUUCCUGUCGUCUUGCUGGUUUAAAACCAGGAACAGUCUAUUUUGUUCAGGUUCGGUGCAACCCAUUUGGAAUCUAUGGCUCUAAAAAAGCAGGAAUCUGGAGCGACUGGAGUAAUCCCACUGCUGCCUCAACUCCAAGAAGUGAGAGGAUCACAGGAGUAUGUGACCCGAAGAGUGGUGAGCAAAACUCUACAUUACGAAGGGAGCUGAAACAGUUCUUUGGAUGGGUCAAGAAACACGCCUAUGGCUGCUCCAAUCUCAGCAUUAAGUUGUAUGACCAAUGGAGGGUCUGGCUGCAGAAAUCACACAAAACACGGAACCAGGUAGGUUCUACCAGGUGAUAAGUUAUAGCAUCUUAUUUCAGCCGGGCAGGAGAGCACAAAGGAGGAGGAGCUAAGGACAUUGCGCAGGUCGUCAGUCAAGCAUGAACAUCGUCAGGAAGAAGAGUUUUAACUUCAUCUUGGUGAAUCUGAUGAAUUACUUUACUGAGGCAAAGGCAAGACAGUCCAGCAAGAUGAGUCACAUCAUUUUUCAUUCGAGUUCCACUCCAGAAUCCAUUGUUUGAAGGUGAACAAACAGUUUUGUAGGAGACUUUAUUUUUUACAGAACUAUACUUUUCUACAUUAUCCCUCAGAAUCUAUUUCAAACCUUAUUUUUUAUUUAAAUUUGUACAUUUUGGCAUUUUUUUUACAUUGCUUGCAAAAAUUGAAAUGUUUGUCUUAUUUUUUUUUUUCUAGUAUUUUAUUGUUUAGUUUGUGUAUUAUUAAGAUUAUUGUGCUGUUUUUUUUGUUUUCUUUUUGUAAAUUCAAGUGGUAACAAGGGUUAAAAUAUAAUUUUCUCCAUGAUGGAGUUGAAAAAAACAUCUUGAUAGAACAUGAAAUUAUUAGACAGCUUCACUAGCCAUUUAAAGGAACAGUUAACACUUUUAGAUUUUAUUUUAAACAGUUUAGUUAUGCAUAGUAAAACAAUGUUGGAAUAUAUUUCUUUAUUUAUUUUGUCCCCUUUUCAUGCAAUUUAGCUCUGAAAAUUGUGACUUUUCUAAUUUUCAGAAAUGACUAAGCCCACUGCAGAUCAAGGUUAACCCUUUUUGGUUUUAACAGCUAACAAAUGCAAAACAAUGCACUUUAUACUAACAAUGUGAUCGUGCCUAGCCUUGUUGUGUGCAAACGUAAGCCUGGAUUGGCUCAUCCAAAUAGGACAGGAGGUGGGUGGAGUUUAGCUAUUGAAAAACAAUGCAGCAAACACAAUUUUAAUUUGUUUUAAAACUAUUUAGACUUUGCUGAUAUGCUAUUCUAUUGAAAAACAACAGAAAUGUCUUGUAUUUACAAGGUGUUUGCUGUCCCUUUUAAAAAGAUUUUUUAAGGCUUUCUCAUCCCUGUGUUUAUUAGACAUAAUUGUGAACACUCCAUUCUCUCAUUUACAAGCCUUGGGCAGAUAUUGAUCUUAUUUACAUUGGUAAUAGUAGAUACUGUACAUAAAACAUCAAAAUAUACUAAGGUUCUUUGAUUCAGUACCAUGCGCAGUUAUUUUGAGGUUCUAUAUACUGAUUUAAAAAAAGAUUUCUGAAGCAGAUUAAAUCCAGCAAAUUUAUUUUUCAAAAUGUCUCGUUAAAGCAGCUGUAGUAGUUAUAUUACAUGCCAUAAAAUGGUUGUUUUAAACCUUUCAGUUCAUUGCACAUAUGAAUGUAUGUUGUGUUAGGAAAAUAAAAAUUAAAUAAAAAAAAACAAUUGUCA